CGGCAGGAAGUAAAGAGUCCCGCCCGGCCCGCUUGUUGUGUGCUGUGCGAUUUACCGCUUGUGUGAUUAGAAACGAGCGCAGGAGAGCUCGGGCGGUUUGUGCGUAACUUUGGGUUAAACAAACGUUUUCUUUCCUCUUCCUUAUCAACUCGACUAGGACUUCAGAGCACUCGGGAGGCAAGUCUCGCCCGAAGUUUACUGUUUGGCUGGUAAGUAAAAAGUUUGGAUAGCCUCCUCGGUCCCUCAAGCUGCCGCUCACCUUACUGAGAUCUAACGCACUGAACAAUGUCCAUGGCACUCAAGCAGGUCUUCAAUAAGGACAAGACCUUCCGACCCAAGCGCAAGUUUGAGCAGGGCACUCAGAGGUUUGAGCUUCACAAGAAGGCGCAGGCGUCGCUCAAUGCGGGCCUCGACCUGAAGCAGGCGGUGCAGCUCCCGCACGGCGAAGGGCUGCACGACUGGGUGGCCGUCCACGUGGUGGACUUCUUCAAUCGGGUCAACCUGAUCUACGGCACCAUCUGCGAGUACUGCACUGACCAGUCCUGCCCCGUCAUGUCUGGAGGCCCCAAGUACGAGUACCGCUGGCAGGACGAGUGCCGAUACAAGAAGCCCACGGCCCUGUCCGCCCCCAAGUACAUGAGCCUGCUGAUGGAUUGGAUCGAGAUGCAGAUCAACAAUGAGGACAUCUUCCCCACUAAUGUCGGUACCCCCUUUCCAAAAAACUUCAUGCAGGUGGCCAAAAAGAUUCUGUCGCGCCUCUUCCGGGUCUUCGUUCACGUGUACAUCCACCACUUCGACCGCGUGAACAUGAUGGGGGCCGAGGCCCACGUGAACACCUGCUACAAGCAUUUCUACUACUUUGUGAUGGAGUUCAACCUCAUAGACCAGAAGGAGCUGGGGCCUCUGAAAGAAAUGACCCUGCAGAUGUGUCAUUGAGAAGCGGCGUGCACUCGUCCAGCUGUGUGACGUUAAGAGACCACUUGGGAGACAGAGAAUUUAUUUUUAUAUCUGUAUUUGUAUGUACAUAGAGUUCUGUGCAGUUGUCUGUUUUUAUAAUAGAGUUUGACUUUUUAGGACAUUUUCGUUUCCUUGAUCUUUGCUCCCACUGGCGAGCAGACGCCCCGACGUAUUUAACGAUGAGAGAGUCGCACCGUCCAGUUUAUGUAGCCCACUCCUGCUCUUGGUGACGACCGAUGGGAGGAGACCAACAAGAACAAGCUGGCGAUGGAGACCCUUUACGCUCGGCCCCUUUCAGAGCUCCCACACGGCCCACCUCGAGAGCGCCGCUCAUUGGUAACGGGUGGGAGUGUUGGCCUCCUUCACCCAGAAUUCCCUCCUGAGAGGCUGUCGGGUUUACCUUAGUGACACAAAGGAAGGACGACAUGUUGAGAUGUGUGCCAGUGCUCACGUCUGUACGUGUGUGUGUGUGUGUGUGUGUGUGUGUGUGUGUGUCGUGUUUGUGUUGUGUUCCCCCCCCCAAUAUAUAUAUAAUACUG